UAAGGAACGGCUUAACUCUGUAGAUUAUCUUAGCACAAGAUUAGAAACCUUAGAAUCUUUAUGGGAAAAGUUUGUGUCAACUCAUACUAAAAUCAUUCAAGAGUCUACUACACUUGAGUUCAGCGAGUAUAUUACUGAAGACAUAUAUUCUAAUGCGGAAGAGUUAUUCAUGGAUUAUAAGUCGGAUCUUAAGAUUGCCUUAAACAAACUAAAUGUUUCGAUUCCUGGAAAGAGCACUGAGUCUACCACAAUUGAGAAUAAGUCUGAUGUUAAUCAAGGCAAAUCGGUGAUGGUAAAGCUACCAAAGAUUUCAAUUCCUACGUUUUCAGGAAAUUAUUCUGAGUGGACUAGCUUCAGAGAUCUAUUCACGUCGCUCAUCCAUAAGAAUAGAGAUUUAGACGACGUCCAAAAAUUGCACUACCUGAAAGGUUAUUUAGUCGGUGAAGCUGAACAGCUUUUGCGUCACGUACAGAUCACGCAGGAUAAUUACAGCGCAUGUUGGGAGAAAUUGGAAAAGCGCUAUAAUAAUAAGAAGUAUCUUUCUAACUGCAUUCUCAAACGCUUCAUGAGUCAGAAGAAUAUUACGACGGAGUCCGCGAAUGCACUCAAAGAAUUGCUGGACACUACAAAUGAGUGUUUAAAUGGAUUGAACAACUUAGGCAUCGACACAAAUACAUGGGACAUAAUUGUGAUUCAUAUAAUUUGUCUUAAAUUAGACAACGAGUCUAGGAAACAGUGGGAACUUAAGGUUAGCGAGUCUUCUGAAGAUUUGCCCACACUCAACCAACUUCGAGAAUUUUUAGAAACCCGAUUUAGGGCACUCGAAUGUUUUGAUGGGAAAUCAUCGAAGACUAGCUUUGUUUCAAAGAAACCCAAUGCACAAUGUAGUAGCAACUUUAAAGUGCAUCAUGUCACUGAAAUUUCUUGUGGCUAUUAUUCAGAGAAUCACAAAUUGUGUAAUUGUAAAGGUUUUGCAAAAAUCGAUGUUGAUGCUCGACGUGAUUUCAUCCAGUCCGGUAAUUUUUGCUUCAAUUGCUUAGGUUCAGGUCACAACGUAUAUUCCUGUCGCCAAUCUAGUAGAUGCCGAAUUUGCAAGCGCAAACAUCAUUCUUUACUGCACCCAAAAACUAGCACUCAAGCAACCGAUUCUCAAGUCAAACCUACUCAAUCGGUUGAAGGCAGUAUUGUUGCACAUGCAACAACAGCUCCAUCAUUAUCGUGUGAUGAGCCCAAUAAUGUAACAACUUGUUUUUCGACCAGUCGUGGGCAAGUUUUCUUGCCAACGGCUUUGGUUCAAGCUCAGUCGAAAACAGGUUCAGGUAUAACCCUCAGAUGUUUAAUCGACCAAUGCUCGGAAGCCUCUUUUAUAACGGAGUCUGCAGCACAACUGCUGGGACUAAACAAGGUUUCCCACAAGAGCACAGUCACGGGUCUAGGCGGUGAAGAGAGUUCACCUGUGAACUCUAAGGCGGUGGUAAAGGUAAAAAUUUCAUCACUCCUAGAACCUGACUUUGAAGUGAACGUGCAUGCUCAUGUUUUGGGCAAGGUAACAUCGAAUCGGCCGAGAAAACGUAUUGUCAUUGAUUCGUGGUCUGAACUGUCUAAAUUAAAUUUAGCAGAUUCCACAUUCAACAUUCCCGGCAAAAUCGACUUGCUCCUAGGAGGAGAGGUGUACGGUCAAAUACUUUUAAACGAAAUGAUCAAAGCUCCACAGGGAGCACUCAUCGCUCAGCGAACGUCUUUAGGCUGGAUCGUUUCAGGGCCAACUCACUUAGGUGAGUCGGAAAUUCGUAAAAGCGUUAGCGUUAACCACAUUCAUUUAGAUGAAAAUGAGUUACUCAAAAAAAUUUGGGAGCUCGAGGCUGACCACAAUACGACAGAUCCCAAGCAACAUUACACUGAAGACGAGAAGAAAUGUGAAGAAUUUUUUACUGGUACCACUGAACGUGAUAGCACAGGUAGGUAUAUUGUGAAACUACCAUUUCGUGAUCAAGAUCCCAGUUGCAAACACGGAAACUUUGUGCCUAUUGCAACUAGGCGUCUCAACCAAUUAGAAAAGAGGUUCGCAAAAGAUUCUGAAAUGAAGAAACGCUACUCAGAUGUCAUCAAUGAAUAUCUUGAGCUAGAACACAUGGAAGAAGUUCCCCCAGGACAGGAGAACAACCCAGAUGCAGUUUACUUGCCACAUCAUGCUGUCAUCCGAGAUGACAGAUCCACGUCAAAGCUUCGGGUAGUUUAUGACGCGUCUUGUCCUGGCUCUAAUGGCGUAUCCUUAAAUCAAGACCUAUUAGUAGGUCCAACUCUGCAACCUGUUUUGCGUCAUACCAUCCUUCGUUGGCGUUGCCAUCCUAUAUGUCUGGUAGCAGACAUUGUUAAAAUGUACAGGCAGGUAAAAGUGCACGAAGACGAUGUAGAUUUUCAACGCAUCCUAUGGCGUGAAAACUCGGGGGAGAAGAUAAAGCACUUGAGACUGCUCCGAGUCACUUUUGGUACGGCAUCAGCACCCCAUCUCGCAGUGCGUGCUCUUCAGCAAGUAGCCCACGAUGAAGGAUCACAGUAUCCAAAUGCUGCUGAUAGGGUCCUCAAGCAUUUUUAUGUAGAUGAUUUGUUAACAGGCUGUGAAUCUGUAGAAGAGGGUAAAGUAGUGUACCAAGAGAUGAAUGAACUUUUGAAAAAAGGUGGAUUCCAAUUACAGAAAUGGAGCAGUAAUAAUGAAGAAUUAAUGCGUUACAUGAAAGAAACUGAUGUCAAAGAGGAAGGAAGUCUCCAGUUGAAGAUAGACGUUGUCAUGAAAAUUCUGGGACUGGUCUGGAAUCGCAGAAAUGACGAAUUUGAAUAUUCGGUACAGCUUCCUCCACUCAAAGUUCCUGUAACAAAAAGAAGUGUCAUAUCUGACAUAUCAAGGCUGUUUGAUCCACUUGGUUGGUUAGCUCCAGUGAUCAUAGUGGCUAAAAUUUUCAUCCAGAAAUUGUGGCUUUCGGGAAUCGAAUGGGAUGAUGAAGUUCCACCACAAUUACUGAAGAAUUGGCUAAACUACAGAGAAAGUCUAAACCAACUUACCGAAUUCAAGCUGCCUAGGUGGAACAACGCUAGAUCCAAUGUAACUGCGGAACUUCAGGGAUUCUGCGACGCUUCUAAUGAAGCGUUUGCUGCUGUUGUGUACUUGAGGACUGUAGAUGAAGAAGGAAAGGUGCACGUGUCACUGAUCACGUCCAAAACUAAAGUGGCUCCUAUCAAACAAAUUUCUAUUCCACGUCUGGAAUUGUGUGGGGCUGUGUUACUCACCAAAUUGCUGGUUGAAGUAGCUGACGUUAUGAGUAUCAGCAAGGCAAACAUUCAUGCAUGGACUGACUCCACAGUGGUCAUUUCUUGGCUAAAUAGUCGUCCAAAUCGAUGGAAAACUUUUGUCGCCAACCGUGUAUCUGAAAUAAUAACAUCAGUUGAGCCACACCAAUGGUCCCAUGUCUCUUCUAAAGAUAAUCCUGCAGACUGCGCGUCUAGAGGUACACAGCACCUGAGUAAAGAAGAACUCUGGAUAGAAGGUCCGUCGUGGCUGAAAAAUAAAGAAAUUAGCUACAAAAAACCAAACAUAAAGGACACGAAGUUAGAAGAAAAAAGCACUAAAGCAUGCUUCGUGAAUACUUGUGGAGGAGAAUGGAAACUAGCGUAA